UUUUUAUAUUAUGUAAAUUUAAUUCUAAUUUGUAAUUUAUUUUAUCCUAUCAUUCGUUUAUUAGCUGCAAUUGGAUUCAAUAAACGAGACGUAAAACGUUUCACAUUCAAACAGAAAAAGAAACAUUUGAAACACAAAAACAGAAGUAAAAAUUCUAGACACAAACAUGAGUCUGCAGAAGAGGAAUCGAUUAUCAUCCCUCUUCCCUUUCUGGACGAUGAUGUACAGCCAAAUAGUAUCGCUUUACCAUUUAAGAAAGAUACCUUGCAGUCCAUGUACAGUGAACGAUCGACUUUUGCAUUGGUUAAAUACUACAUAGCUAGCGUGAAGUGCAUCACUGCGAAGUCGAAAGAAAAAACUGAUCUGGAUAAUUUUAAUCAGGAUUUUUACGAUUGGCUGCAGCAAUCCGUUGUACGACAUCUCGAUGAUGAAAAAUGGUAUCCAGCGUUUGGUGGCGUACUGAGGGUGAUAACCUCAUUGGAGGACGCUGGUGCGGGUCUCGCGAAAGGAAGAAAAAGCGGUACCUAUCAAGUGAUGCCCAAAUUAGGCUCGUCAUCGACUGCAAUGCCGGAAGAUGUGUCACCUUUGUAUAAAGAAGAGGAAACGGAAGUCACGCUUGGUACGACAGAAUUAAUAUCGAUUGCCGUAGUGAGCGCAUUGUUGGUAUGGUUACUAGUGGGACUGAGCUUGGUCUGCUACAGAUUUCUCAUAAGAAACUCGGAUGAAUGUGUCCCGUGUGAACCUGAUCCUGCAGUUGCUGUUUUGUACGAAAAUAAAGAUUACUGUGAACCCGACACGUGUACAAAAGCGUCUCGUAAAGGAUAUAUAGUGAAGAUAGUGGAUUGUUUAAAAAACAGGUUUCAUUGUAAAACUCGGGAUCAAUUAGACGAGGAACGUUGUUUAGCUGCAAUUAGUUAUACUAGUAAAGAUACGAUCGAUGUUAGUAGUAGCAGAAGUUAUCAGAAAAGAAAAAUAACUAAAUCGGUUUCAGCGGCAUUAUCAAGUUACCGAAAGGAACGUGUACCCGUCAGGAAAGUAUAUUAUAGCUCAGAUGGCUCGUUAACCACGGAGAGUGUUUGCAAACAGAGAUAAUAAGAAACUACAAGUUUUCAUUUAUCUUUUAAUAUCUAUACAUUUUUUAGUAUGUAUGAUGUAAUAAAUACUGUCAAUUACAAA